GUAGUUUAAAAAGCUGGCGAACACCCCGCUGCAACACUGCAUCAGGUUCAGCUCACUGGCUGCCCGUUGAGGUUGAGUUCGUCGGAGAUUAGUUGGACCUCUCUGUUCGUGGAUCAGCUCGUGUAGAAACACCUGCGGAGAGACCGUUUCAUGCACAAAUUUAUCAAACACAGACGCAAGUCUCCCGCCUUCUUUUCAUCCCUGGUUUCAGAGAAAUUGUAGAAAAACUUGUUUUCACUCCAUCAGAGCCGAUGGCUGUAAUCGCUCAGUGCAGCUGCCUGUGGAUGUUGCUUGCGGGAACAUGCGUGUUGCUGGUGGCUGGAACAGACUGCGGGACGGAGUGCGCACGUUGUGUGUACAGUCUGCAAGGACAAGUAUCUGCUUUCUCAACUCAGACAUGCUCUCUUGAGUGUGAAGGUGUGAUGGACACCCAGAGACUUCGCAUGUGCCAGGACUUUUUAACUGAGAGUGAUGACAGUGUUUCUGUGGAUGCUGACCCCCUUCAACAGCCAAGCCAGGAAGAUGUGGCUUGGCCACAUCUUCCUGAUGACUGGAAGAUGACGACUGAGGAGGCUGUCCGUUCACCUAAACAUCAAAUUGAUAAAAAGUAUGGUGGUUUCAUGAAACGUUAUGGAGGUUUCAUGUCUCGUCGUUCAUCAUCUGCCCAGAGGGCACUGAAUAACCUGGAGAACCACAAUGAGGAAGAGGACACUCGGCUGGGAAUCUUAAAGAUCAUUGGUACUACAAAAGAUCAUGACAUGGAGGAAAGUAGGGAUGAAAUGGAGGAGGUGAAGAGGUAUGGAGGCUUCAACCACCAUAUUAAAGGGGAUGUGAUAAAAGGCAAUCUUCUUGAGGCACUUUUGGGUCAUGCUCUUAAAAAGCGCUACGGAGGGUUCAUGAGGCGGGUGGGAAGGCCUGAAUGGCUUGUGGACAAUAGCAAGAAUGGUAGAGCUCAAAAAACAUCUGGGGAAAAUGGAAGUGGGCGAAAAAAGAGGUAUGGGGGCUUCAUGGAUUAGGAGCUAAAGUGGUAACCUCUCGUUAUGGAAAUUUCUUCUAUCUUAAGAUGAAGACACUGAAUCAAUAAAGUGACAGAAAUGCA